CUCAUCCAUACAACCACACUUAGGUGAGUUUGGUCUCUUUUGCAGUUUUUGUAUAGAACAAAUUAUUUAUUCUUUUCCAACAAAAGAAUUAUUUAUUCUCCACGUUUUCAACAAAGGCUAUUUUUAACUAUAAAGUGUAGAUCAAUACUUCCUAUAAAAAGAAACACCAAACAGCACAAUAGUUGAAGUGCAAACAAUGGAUAGUAAGCUAUCAUCAGCAUCCUCAAAAGAAGAACAAAGCUUGAGUAGUGGAAGAAAGCAUGGUGGUUGGAUAAGUUUCCCCUUCUUCAUUGGUAUGGUAGGUGGAUUUUCACUGGCAAAUGCAGGAAUUGUGGGAAAUUUGAUAGUAUAUCUUAUAAGAGAAUUCAAUAUAAAAAGCAUCAAUGCUGCUCAGAUUGUAAACGUUGUUUCAGGAAGCACCAAUUUAAUUCCACUAGUUGCUGCAAUUGUUGCUGAUUCUUUCUUUGGUUCUUUCUCUGUUGCCUUUGCUUCUUCUUGUGUUGCUUUGCUGGGAACAAUAAUUUUAUUUUUGACAUCAACAAUCAAUUCCUUAAAGCCUAAUCCAUGUAGCAAUGAUUCAUCCAUCAUAUGUAAACCACCAACAGGAAUCCAAUAUACAGUUCUAUACAUAAGCAUAGUGCUAAUAUCAAUUGGUUUUGGUGGUUCACGUUUCACAGCAGCAUCAUUAGGAGCAAAUCAAUUUGACAAACCAGAACAUCAAGGAACAUUCUUUAACUGGUUUUUUUUCACAUUCUAUGUUGCUUCUGGAGUUGCAUUAACUGGAGUUGUUUAUCUUGAAGAUAAUUUGGGUUGGGCUUUGGGAUUUGGUAUAUGUGCUUUGGCUACUUUUGUUGGCACGGUUGUUUUUUUGUUAGGCUAUCGUUUUUAUCGGGUGGAUGAGUUGCGAGGAAGUGCGGUUUUGGAUUUGGGCCGUGUUUUUGUUGCAUCUAUUCGUAAGUGGAAGUGUAAUCUCUCGUCUAGAGUAGAAGAUUACUACACUAAUACUACUACUAGUCAUGAUGUUAUGGUUCAAAUGUUGCCUCCGGCUACACUCGGAAAAAGAUUCAGGUUCUUCAACCGUGCAGCUUUGAUAACUGAUGCAGACUUACAAUCGGAUGGUUCAAUCAAGAAAUCAUCAUGGAGGCUAUGCACAAUUCAACAAGUGGAAGAUUUAAAAAAAAUAAUUGGAAUCUUACCACUAUGGACUUCAAGUAUCUUCCUAGCAACUCCAAUAGCAAUCCAAAGUAGCUUGACAGUACUUCAAGCUUUAGUCAUGGAUCGUUCUUUAGGAUCUCAUUUCAAAAUCCCACCUGGUUCUGUUCUUGUUAUAGUCUUAAUAUCAACAUCCAUUUUCCUCACCAUUGUUGACAGGGUGUUAUUGCCAGGUUGGCAUAAGGUUACUGGAAAAUCGCCUAUGCCGCUCCAACGAAUAGGAGUAGGACAUGUGUUUAAUGUUCUUAGCAUGGUUGUUUCUGCCCUUGUUGAAUCAAAGAGACUCAAAUUAGCACAUAGGCAUGUGGACAUGUCUGUGUUAUGGUUGUUUCCACAGUUAGUGUUGGUUGGUAUUGGAGAAGCAUUUCAUUUUCCUGGACAAGUUACAUUCUACUACCAACAAUUUCCACAAUCACUUAGGAGCACAUCAACUGCAAUGAUCUCAAUGCUUAUAGGAAUUGCUUUUUACCUGAGCACUGCUUUAAUCGAUCAAGUUCGUCGGAGUACGCAUUGGCUACCUGAUGAUAUAAAUCAUGGGAAGGUAGAUAAUGUGUACUGGAUGUUAGUCUUGUUUGGGGGUAUCAACUUUGUGUAUUACUUAUUGUGUUCUGCUUUUUACAAGUAUGAUAAUGUUUAAGAGGAAUGUGAUGAUAUGAUAAAUGUUAUCACUGACACUGUUAUGGUUGGAAUAAGUAAUAAUGAUAAUUAGUUCUUCUCUCCUACAUUCUAUGAAAAAUAUUAUUCAUGACAUACAUUGCAUCUGCACCAAUAGUAUCACUAGUAUCGGUCAUAUUUCUGGAGUAGUUACUCAUAUAUAAGAAUAAUUUCAUGUGACAAUAGCUUUUUACAAGUAAAAUAUUUCACAGGUUCAA